AUGGUCUACUGUGGCAAAGCCUCCCAGGGCUGCCAAAAUUGUCGCACCCGCCGUAUCAAGUGCGACAAGGUGAGACCCGAAUGCUCACAAUGCAUCCGAGUCGGUAAGAAAUGCCCUGGCUACCGCGACCAGUUGUCACUCAUGUUCCGUGACGAGAGCAGCAAGGUUAUCCAGAAAGCUCAUGCCCAAUGGGGCGUCGGUGACGUCCCCCUUGACACCCCCCAGCCGCAGACUGGCUCCAAGUCCCUCGCGUCCUCAUCAGCUUCCUCCUCAUCGUCAUCUACAGCAUCUUGGUCGACCUCACCCUUGGCUGUAGACAGUCACCGGCCUUUGCCCCCGACUCCUCCAUCCCCGGCGUCGUCCCAGCUGUCCUCGGAGCCCUCUUGGGCCAUCGUGGUGCCUCCCGUCGCCUCAUGGCCCCCGCGACUAUCUACGCCCGUCGACCCUAGCAUCGAGGAGCAGGGUGUUCAAUUUUUUAUCAAUCGUUAUCUCAUCGGUCACCCCGAUGAGCCAAAGACUGCUGGUGAAUUAGCCUCUACCGAGUGGUUGUGGGAUCCUUCAUUGCAAGAUGUCAUGGCAGCCAUUGGACUCGCCAGUCUAUCUAAUCUGAGGGAGGAUAAAGGCCUAAUGACAACUGCUCGCCAGAAGUAUGGCCAGGCGCUUCGCCGGACUGGUCAAGCGAUUCAAACAUCUGUUGCACCUUCUUUUGAGGUUACAAUGCGGGGAGUCACAAUGCUUGCCAUGUUCGAGUUAGUCAAAGGAACCCACCAAGGCAUCGCCCAUGUUCAUGCACACGUCAUGGGAGGCGUUGCCAUAUUGCGAAGGUGGUGCCCUAUGCCCCAAGCGGCGUUUGGCGGCGUUCGUGCCAUGGUGCAGAUGUGUUUUUCCUUAUUUAUUCCGGCGUAUAUAUCAAAUACCGAUCUCCCCCCAACGCUUUACGAAUGGAUUGCGUUUAGCAGCUCUCUCCUGGAUCCUAUCGAUCGCCCGGCCUCUGGUCUCGGACUCCUAGUUGGCCGUUCUAUACAACUGUCGGCCUACAUCCAAACUCGCAUUCUCAGCGAUGGCCGGCCCAACACGACCUCGACAUUACAAAAGCUCAUGGAUCUUGAUGCCGAUUUCGUUGAGUGGGAACAGAAUCUCGAGGGCCCUUGGCUGUAUCGUACAGAGAAGGCGGACCACAUCCCUCCCGAGGCCGUCUUUCAAGGUCAUUACCAUUGCUACUACGAUAUGUGGGCUGCUCGCAUGUGGGGCCAUUACCGUUGGGCUCGGAUCAUUGUCAAUCAGGCCAUCGUGGACUUUGUCAAUAAUUAUCCCCUGUCUAGCCUACCUUUGGUUUCGGCAACCGAGCUCCAACGUCGGUUCGAAAUCAUUAGGAUUCUGGUUCGAGACGUACUCGUCAGUACACCAAGUCACUGGCGGCAUCCUCUUCUCGAAGACAAAGCUCCAGUGCCUGUGGAUAAACUUGGUGGAGGAGGGUCCGGCUCAGCUGGUGUCCCAGUCGUACUGUUCCACCUCAAGUUGGCCGCUUGUGCGCCUGGGGUUCCUGUGGCAUAUUUCGACUGGGCCUAUGGGGUCAUGGAAUGCAUAUGGAGCGACAUGGGCAUGUUGCAUGCCAAAUCCAUGAUGGAGGCCAUGAAAGCACAUAAGGACGCUCUUCAUAGAGCAAAGGCGGAUGGGAUUCUUUCGCAUGGCGGAUAG